UCGAACAUCUCAGGAAGAAUUUGCCGCUCAGGGUGGUAUCGUGAAUUCGGCGAUAAGGCUCUGUUCUGGUAUCAGAUUUCAAAAUACUGAACGGCAUGAAAAUUACAUUCGAUGAUAGAAUGUUGACAAACUUAUCAUUGUUUACUGCCAGUGCCUUAGGCAGCGCUAGCGCUCUUAUUUUGGCCCUUGUUAUUCCCCUCCCUGUGAUAGGCAAUCUCACGCAUAUAAGUCUCACUGAACCCUGGUUGACGUACACAGCAUGGAAAAAGAUAUAUGGUGAUCUGAUUCGUGUUCGAUUGAUGGGACAGGAAAUUGUUGUCAUCAACUCAGAGAAAACUGCACGCGCACUGUUGGAUCAACGAUCUGCUGUUUACUCAGACAGACCUAGUAUCCUUCCGGCCAGGAAAUUCUUUGGUGUCGAGUGGCUAACGACUCUUUUGCCCUAUGGUGCAGAACUAAGAUCUCAUAGAAAGCUGUUCCAUCAUGCAUUACAUGCAGAAUCAUCACUUCGCCAGCGUGAGAAUUACUUGCAUAGAGCCAGGUUCCUUCUUGCUAGCUUGCUGCACGACCCUGAGGGUUUUAAGGCACAUCUUCACAGCUUUGCUGCAGCAAUCGCCAUGAGGAUUACGUAUGGAUACGAAGUGCAGUCAGAGAACGACCCAUAUGUUUAUGCGGUCUCGGAAUUAAACACAAUGAUUGCGAAGGGGCUCACUCCCGAGAAAACAGCCAUUCUCUUAGCAUUUCCUUUUCUUGUACAUGUCCCUGUAUGGUUUCCGGGUGCGAAGUUGCAGCGCGAGGCGUUGUAUUCAAGGCAGUUGGCCCAAAAGGUGCUUAAUGCGCCUUUCGAGUUUACGAAAUUGCAGAUUGCAGCCGGAACUGCUUCACAAUCUUUGGUGUUCGAUUGCUUGACGCAAAUAGACGAGGACAACCAUGAAGCACAGGAGUCCGUGAUCAAGGCAACCGCAGCGACAACUUCUUCGACGUUGCAAGGAUUUAUUCUCGCCAUGAUUCUCUACCCAGAAGUCCAGGCCAAAGCGCAAGCCGAAAUCGACGCUGUCGUGGAUUCGACAAGGCUGCCAGGUUUCGAAGAUAGGCCUUCAUUGCCCUACGUCGAAGCUAUCGUCAGAGAAACGUUUAGAUGGAUGCCUUCAUCACCGCUAGGGAUCCCGCAUGCUACGUCAAGCGAUGAUAUAUUUGAGGGAUACUUAAUACCAAAGGGGGCAUGCGUAUCCCUCAAUAUCUGGGCGAUCAAUCUAGAUGAGGAGAAAUAUCCCGAACCAGACGAAUUUAGACCUGAGAGGCACUUUGCCACGGACGGGUCACUGCUGUCGGAAUCGUUCUCGAACAACAUUGUCUUUGGUCUAGGUCGACGAAUUUGUCCGGGACGGUUUGCUGCGGAGUCGACUGUGUGGGCUGCCAUUGUUUCUAUUCUCGCAACUUUUCGUAUAGAGAAGGCGAAGGACGUCGACGGCCGUGAUGUUGAUGUGGAGAAACGCUUUACAACCGGGCUGGCAAUACACCCUGUCCCUUUCCGUUGCGCAUUUAUAUGUCGUUCUGCGCAAAAGGAGAUGAUCAGAGAAUAUUUAGACUCCUGACCUACGCUUGACUGAGAAAUGUUUCCAGCAUAACGUUUUAUGUAACAGUAUAUGAUAAUGAAGAAUGGAUGGAAACUCGCCAAACAUCCUUUAAGCCACUCCGCCGACGAUGGAUCCUCUUCGGACGUUGACAAUGAAUUACAAUAAGAGAUAUUUGUACACUGCGUUCGCUGUCGUGUUGUCGUUUAAAAAUAGCGCUCGAAUGUCCUGCUGACAUCGCAAGACAGACAGAGCGGUGUAUAGCUGUCCGCCGUGAGCGAACGAAUGGAUGGCGGAAUGAAGGUCUGUGCUGUUUUCAGUCACUGUCACGGUGCACGGGAAUUCUAAACAUAUAAU